CACACAGCUAACAGUUAGCCAGUGACCAGGCAGACUCGCCACAGUACUUCAUUUUUUACACCGGGCCUAUUCCACUGGAUUUGUUAAGGAAUGGCAGACUUACAGCAAGUGGAUCAAGAUUUCUACCAGUCUAACUAUUACAUUGAUAAUCAAGAGGCCUAUGACCCAGCAUAUAUCAGCCCAAAUUACCAAGAUGUAGAUGGUGUAGCUCCCCUAGCGGAUGCCUAUGCACCCUCAGUGGAUCCACCUUACACUGGGCAGGUGUUCCAGCCCGCCACACCACCUGUGCUGGAAGACCAUGACUCCUAUGAGGAGGAGCCCCCACUGUUCGCGGAGCUGGGUAUUAACUUUGAUCACAUAUGGCAGAAGACUCUGACGGUGCUGAACCCACUGAAGCCAGCAGAUGGCAGCAUCAUGAAUGAGACAGACUUCACUGGUCCUGUGCUUUUCUGCCUUGCUUUAGGAGCCACUCUUUUAAUGGCAGGGAAGGCCCACUUUGGAUAUGUGUAUGGUAUCAGUGCAGUGGGCUGUGUGGGAAUGUGCACUUUACUGAAUCUAAUGAGUGCAUCCACUGUAUCCUAUGGAUGCGUGGCCAGUGUUUUAGGAUACUGCCUGCUGCCCAUGGUGGCGCUCUCUGCCUUUGCUAUUGUUUACUCCCUACAAGGACUGCUGGGUAUGUUGCUGGCCUUGUUUGUGAUUGGCUGGUGCAGCCUCUCAGCCUCUAAGAUAUUCAUCUGUACUCUUGAUAUGGGAGGACAGCAGCUGCUGGUGGCCUACCCCUGCGCUCUGCUCUAUGGUGUCUUUGCACUGCUCACUGUCUUCUGACUACUCCUGAGUGCAACUAUUCAGUUAAACAGCCUAAUUAUUAUUGCAGCCCAAUUCUAGUCCAUUUCUAGAGCUAAAUUACAUUACAACUUCCAUCUGAUAUGAUUAGAGAACAUUUAAACGUAGACAAUAUGAAGCUCUACUCAAUGAAACUUAUUCAGAAAUUAUCUUCAAAGGAGUGAAUAAAAAGUAGUACUGCUUCCACCACCCAGUAUACCAAUGCUAGCCAUAUCAUUCUUAUGACAAGACUCGCAACACAUCCUUACUGGGAUGCUAAGCAUAUUCAUAUUAAAGCAAAGUAAAAUUGUUUUCAAAUAAGCCUAAAUGUCUAAAUAUAUGAUUCAAGUAUGUUAUUUAAGUAACCUGUAUUUCUAAAUUUUAGCUGUGCUAUUACCACGUUUCAGGAGCAUUCUUUCCUAUUGCUAAAAGGCAUUAGUAAGUAGUGUCUUCUUUUACCAAGGUUUUAAUGUCUAGCACUCAGCUCACUGCUACCAUGUGCACUACUAUCCACAGGACUGUUUUUGCCUGUAAUAUUUUUAUAACCUGUAAUAACUUUCAGAUUUGGCUACUGUAACAUUUUGUACUUUUUUUUGUAAAGAGCAUGUAUGAUUAUAUAAUAGAUAGACUAAUGUUUAUGUAUUUCCUGUUCUGAUUGUUUGCUUACUGGGGAACCUUUGGCAAGUAUCAAUUUCAUUGUCUAAGCUUAGAUUGUUACAUGCAGCAAAUAAACUUAAAAGCUUGAAGAGUACCGUUCAACCACAAAGACCCCAAACUGCCAAUGUACAUUUUAAUUCUAAAUCAGAAUUGUAUAGUAAGAAAAUAUGUAACAUUUUGUUAGAACCUCUUCCAUGUGUUUGUACUUGCUUUAUGGUAUGUACAACUGCACUGGCACAAUAAAAAUUGAGUAUAAAUAUGGAGAAAAUUCUCAAUAACAAUUAAAAACCUUAUCCUUAA